GUGGAAGAUGGCGGCCGCUGACUUGGCUGCGCCUGCCCGUGAGGGGGCCUAGCCUCGCCGCCUCCGCCCUCCUGCGGAGCAGAGCUAUGCGGCCUGCAGAGGAGGAGCAGGGGGGAGGCGGAGGAGGAGGCAAAUGAGGAAGAGGAGGAGGCGGAGCAGGAAGAGGAGGUGGGCGGAGCCGCCGCCCGGGAGCCUCGGAGCUAAGCAGUGACUGGUACCUGAAGUGAGGAUGCCUCAGAUCCAUCCUGUAAGGAUGUAAGUCACUGUGGCUUCCCAGGAAAAGCCCCAAACAGCUACCAAGUCCAGCAGUAGCACAGAAUGGAUGUAGAGGUGGGCCGGCGGUCAGUUGGUGACACCCAGGACUCAGCAGAAGAACGUUCUGAUGGUGUGAACCUGUGCUUUAAAAGGGGGAAUCAUAAAUCCAGCCUCCAGCUCAAAGAACAAGAAAAGUCUUCUCUAUCCUCUCGAUUGUCCUGCAACUCUGCAGGACCCUCAGGUAAACAAGAACUCCCGGUGGAACUACAGUGUGAAGAUGGGGAAAUUUAUGAAGCCUGCAAUCAGAAAUGGCGUGAAGCCACCACAGGGAUUUCUGUCAACUCCAGUACUAACUUUGACUUACAGUGUGAAGGUGAAGACUUAGAACUGUCUUUCUCUGAUAGCCCAGAAGAAGCUCAGGGAACGCUUAGCGAGGAUGAUGAAAACGUGGUCCGCAUUGACACAUUCAAUGAAGACUUUGAACCUGUCUCCAGAGAAGCCUUCCCUUACAGAUGUAGGAAGUGCGGCACAUCUUUCCAGGAUCUAGCUAGAUUACAGGAGCACAGGGAGAUCCACAUAGCUGAACAUCCCUACCGCUGCCCCGUCUGUGGCAAAGAGUUCUUCUGUGCUGCUAAUUUGCGCAUGCACAAGUUGAUCCACUCUAGUGAUAGGCCACAUAAGUGUCCUGAAUGUGACAAAGGAUUCAUCCGUACGGCGGAUGUAUGGCAACAUCUACGAAAUGUUCACAAGAUUGAACAUGCCAAGGUGGCCUUAGGAAACGAUACUAUGAAGAUCCCCUGGUCUGCAAACUGCCGAAAUGAGCACGAGGCUGGUCCAGAUAAGCAGAGUUCAGAGGGCCAAAAGCCAAGAGAAGAGGAGCUCAGACCUUAUGUCUGUCAGACCUGUGGCAAGGGGUUUCGUAAACCAAACCUACUUUCCAAACAUAAAGUAAUUCACCGGCAGGAAAAACCAUACAUAUGUCAGGAAUGUGGCAGGGCCUUUAUCCAGCUGCUCAGGUUGAAAAGGCAUCAGCAAACACACUCAGGAGAGCGUCCUUUCUACUGUGAUGAGUGUGGUGGGACCUUUACCCGAUUAUCAUCGCUACAACGCCAUCAACGUAUUCACACUGGAGAGAAGCCAUACUCUUGUGUUUAUUGUGGUCAUUCCUUCACUGAAUCAGGCACUAUGAGGAGGCAUGAACGUACACACAAAGUGGGAAAAGAUUAGUGGCUGUAUUACCACCUUGUUUUUUUCAUACAAACCAAGACCUGUUCUCUAGGACAAACUUUCCAAACUACUCACUAGAUACUUAGUCUAACACCUCUUCCUUACUGUACUCCAUCUCCCACUCAUAUUUAUGGGUGUCAUUUUUGUCUUGGAAAUGGUCCAGUAAUUUUUGCCAAAAAAAAAAAAAAAAGUCAUCCAGUAUUGAAACUUACAUUUCCAUCCAUAGGCAAAAGUAAUAAAAAAUAUCAUUUUUUACUGAUUUUUGUCAUUUUGUAUUGGACAGGAUUCCUUCCAAAAGACUUAUUAUUCUGAUUUGGGACUUUUACAAAGAUAUAUCUGACUAGUCUUUAAAGGCCCAUAGCAGCCUUUACAGUUCUGUAUUUAAAACUACAAGUAUAACCUUCCUCUUGUCUACUUUAUUGAGAAUCUGGGUCAUCUUUAUCACCUCCAUUUUUUUUUAAAUGAAAGAUAUAUUUUGGGGAAAAAAAAGUAUGUUGUAAAAUCAUAUCCUUAAUAAACAGGCCAAUAAUUGCUA